AUGCUGAUCAAGGAGUACAGAAUACCUCUGCCGUUGUCGGUGGAGGAGUACAAGAUUGCCCAGCUGUACAUGAUUGCCAAAAAAAGUAGAGAAGAGAGUCAAGGGACAGACUGUGGCGUGGAAAUCAUACAAAAUGAACCGUAUACUGACGGUCCGGGAGGAUCCGGCCAGUACACCUUCAAAAAGUAUCACGUGGGUACACACUUGCCAGCAUGGCUCAAAGCCAUACUGCCCAAAUCGGCGUUGAUCGUCGAGGAGAUGGCAUGGAACGCUUAUCCGUACACAAAAACUCGCUAUCUUUUGCCAGUUGUAAACAAGUUUUCUAUUGAAAUCGAAACGCGUUACUACGAUGACUGCGGAAAUCAAAGCAAUGUUUUCAACUGUUCAGAAACGAAUCGUCAAGUCGAUUUCAUUGACAUUGUCAAAGAUCAAGUUUCGCCAUCAAAGUACAACCGCGAGGAAGAUCCACGCUACUUUAAGUCAACAAAAACUGGCCGGGGCCCACUCUCUGAGAACUGGAUCAAUGAGUACUGGAACAAUGGCAAACCGAAGCAGUCCAUCAUGUGCGCCUACAAGUUGUGCCGAGUCGAGUUCAAGUACUGGGGAAUGCAAAGUAAAAUUGAGCAGUUUAUCGAUGACAUUGCAUUGCGGAAUACAAUGGUGCAGGCGCAUCAACAAGCCUGGACAUGGCAGGACGAGUGGGUCGGCCUGACAAUGGCAGACAUUCGCCAUAUUGAGCUAGAGACGCAGCUCUUUCUACAGCAACGAAUGAACGCCCAAGGCCAAGAUCCCAAUGCACCUGCUCUGCCGUGCAACAAUAACAAUGCACCCAUUGAGAACCUCAAUGAAGAGCGAUCAGGUCACCAAGCCCUGUCGGGCGCCAGUGCUGCCCACUUGGCUGACAUGAGCAGCAUUGACAAGGACAAUGAUGCAAUUGAUCCGCUUCAGUUUGAUGUGCCAAAGAGCAAGAAAAACUCCCUCUCUCAAUACUCGCUGGCCCCGAGUCACCUCUCAAAGGAUGGCUUUGACGAGGCUGCCAAACGGAAGUCUGCCCACUGGUCUCGCAGCAAUUCGCGCUCCACUUUGCACUCUCCCGGAGACACCUUUGACGUCAUUUCUGCUUGGAGAAUGCAAAGCUUAGCCCGUGACUCGGACUCGAGUUCGGAUGAGUUUUACGAUGCCGAGGACGUCCAAGAUGAAAACUCUCCAAACUGUCUCUCAAGAGGCUGCUUUCAUGCAAGUUCAAUAAAAGAAACCGAAGCUGACAACAUUUUUUCAGCAAAGUUUUUACAGCAAGUUCAAUCUGACAUAAUAUCACAGAGCAAGUCAGCUGAGGAAGUGUCUCAGCCUGAUUCGCCGACCAGCUCUCUCACGCCCAAUGUUCAAUGUCCGAUCAGCACACUGAUCAUCAUUCUGCACGGCGGCAGCAUUCUGGACGUCAGCAAUGAGGCCAACAACUCCAAAUCAACUGACAUUAGCACUUUUGGGAGCACACUGGACACGGUGGUUCGUCAGCACUACAGCAAUCUAAUCGACCGCAUCGCCAUUCGAUACAUCGCCUGUCCGGCCAUUUGCAACGACAGCCUCAUGGUGCUCUCUAGUCUGUCGCCUUACUGCGGCCAGAACAGUACUACACCUGCAUUUGGCUCCAUUCCAAUCGGAGCACUGCCACUCUUUGCAAUAUCCUCCUUUGAGUACCAGGAGAAUGUGGUGAGCGUCAUUGCCCAGUGCAAUAAGGUCUUUGCUGACUUUUCCAAGUCGGAAGAGGGAAGGCACUUUAGCGGAAAGGUCGUCCUCAUCGGUGACUCGGUGGGCGCCAUUCUCGGAUUUGAUGCCCUAUGUCAUGGAACAUCCUCACAGGCAGCUGCAUACGGCAGCGAGCUGAGCAUUCAGGAAACGGCAGAUACUAAACUGCCACUUCAGGCGUCCAAUCCAAUCAUAUCAAUAACUGACUCUCUGAACUCACUUCCAGUUGAGUCUGAAACCUCACAGGGAGCAUCACCGGAUCAAAUGAAUGCUCUGUGCAAGUCACGGACACUUCCCACUGCGAGCACCGUCAAAGGAUGCACCUACACAAAACAGCAGGUCUACUGUAAAUCACUGUCUCACCCAGGCGAUGUGAUACAUUCUGAACCGUCAACCAAUCGACUCCUAAUUUCCACGGCUAUUCGACGACGAAGUUCAGGUUCCAGUGAUCUGUCUUCUGCUAAGCUGGAGUUUGAAGUUAAUGACUUUUUCAUGUUUGGCUCUAUGUUGGGCAUCGUCCUUACUUAUCGAAAAAUGCUGAGCUUGGAUGAUAAGGCCUUUACUUUGUUAAAGCCUGCUUGUGCCAAUCUCUACAACCUAUUUCACCCUAGUGAUCCUUCUGCGCUGAGGAUUGAGCCCCUUCUCAGUGCUAGAUUUUCCUACAUUGCCCCAGUUAGUGUUCCACGUUAUCAAAAGUUUCCACUUGGCGAUGGUCAGCCAAUUCAUUUACUUGAAUAUCUACAGACGUACUCGUAUUUGUUUACUAGUGAAAACACUGGACCAGCGUUUACAAAAUCUCAUGCUCGCCGAACGAGUGAGAUUAGUAUUUCUAGCAAUAAUUCCCCUAUUGUUGAUAAUCUCAAUUUACCCAACAUUUCAUCGAUGAUGGCGAGAUGGUGGGGCUCUAAGCGCAUCGACUAUGCGCUCUACUGUCCUGAAGGUCUCAGCAACUUUCCCACCCACUCUUUGCCGCAUAUAUUUCACUCGAGUUACUGGGAGUCAAGUGAUGUGAUUUCAUUUAUCUUACGACAAAUCAACAAACUGGAUGCUUACUCUUCUGUUGGCGCUGGCACAAACGACACCAGGGAGGUAAUCUUCAAGCCAAAUCAGCCACGAGAAAAGUGGCAACGAAAGCGGACCUCUGUCAAAAUUAAGGCACACACUGCCAACCACCGUGCCAAUGACGUGAUCGUCAAGGAGAGCAUGGACCAGGUGAUUACCGGACGGUUCGCCUACGGUCCACUCGAUAUGAUUGCCUUGACUGGGGAAAAAGUGGACAUUCACAUGCGCUGUUCCCGAACGGGAGAUUGGAACUACGUUGCCACUGUUCUCACCGACAAGAAUGGCCGCCUUUCGUACACGGUCCCGAGAGAGAAAAUUUUGCCCUGUGGUUUGUAUCAAUUUAAAAUGGUCGUCAGGGGCGAUCAUACCAGUCUUGAUCUGUUUAUGGCCGUAGUGCCAGCCAAGACAGAGGCAGUUGUUUUCAGUAUUGAUGGCUCCCUCACUGCCAGUGUCUCCGUUUCUGGUCGUGAUCCCAAGGUUCGUGCUGGAUCAAUCGACGUCGUUCGAUUUUGGCAAGAGCUAGGCUACCUCAUCAUCUACAUUACCGGUCGUCCCGACAUGCAACAGCAGCGUGUCGUCUCUUGGUUGUCUCAGCAUAAUUUUCCCCACGGGCUUAUCUUUUUCAUGGACGGAUUCAACCUGGAUCCACUUCGACAAAAGACAGAGUACUUGAAGAAUUUGGAACAAAAAAUGGACAUUAUAUUUCGAGCUGCCUACGGUUCCAACAAGGACAUUGGCGUGUACAAAGACUUGGACAUGAAGCCAGAGCAGAUUUACACUGUUGGUAAAGCUUCAAAGAAGCAGCAGGAGCUAGCCAUUUCACUCGAGGACGGCUAUGUGGCCCACCUGGAGGAGCUGAAGGCGAAUGGUCUCGGUCGCCCGGCACAGAGCAAUGCCUCUCGACGGGCUGUGCUUCCGCGAGGUGGUUUCAGCGGACUGAGGAGCAAGCCUUCGCAGAAGGCAGCCAAGAGGACCAUAUCGUACCCAGUGGGAGUAGGCAACAGCAGCAGCAGUAGCAUCACCAUCACCAACACCAACAAUAGCGCCCACUCUACCUCGAAUGUGCACAAUGCACUUUGA